AUGAUUAUUCUUGAACCGCGAAUAUGCUCAGCAUCUGUACUUACAAAUAUUAUAUUUCAAGCAGCAAAUUUUCAAAAAAAAGUUUACGAAAAAUAUCACCCAAAAUAUAUCAGUGAAUUUGAAUGCGUUUGCGAUUACUUCAUUUACAAGGAAUAUGGUGUUUUGUUAAAUCAGGAAAACGAAAAAUACUUUUAUGAAUACGAAAUCCAAAAAUAUUCUUUAGAAAUUCAUGAAGAAGGCACUAUUUACAAGGCCAUUAUGGAUAAUGAUGUCAAUGCACUAAUACUGUUCACAGAACAAGAAGGAUUUGAUAAAGAUCAAAAUACAACAAACAAAUUAUAUCCAUAUAUCGGAAGAGGCCUUUCUUUACUUGAGUUAUGUUGGUAUCAUGGUCCAUCAGAAUGUUUCAAGCUCCUGCGCUCAAAAUUGAAUACUGAAAUCACUCCUACAUGUCUUAAAUUUUCAUUUUUUGGUGGAAAACCAGACAUAAUGAAUGAAUGUUUGCAAUUCCAAAGAAUAGACAAAGAUUGCACUGAUUAUACCAUUGCAUCUCAUAACAUAGAUUUCAUCACUUUUUUGAUGAACCAAAUUGAUUUAUUCAGUUUGUGGUCUUGCUGCGAAUAUUACAAUCUUCAUGCAUUUUUUGAAUAUUUAAAUAGAAUGAAUGAUUUGAUUCGUUUUUUCGUGAUGUCUCCUUGA